AUGGUAGAGAAGUGUACAAAACUAGCAGGCGAAGAAGGCGUUCCUGGAUAUACGCGCUUAAUCUCCGGCCUUAUGUUCCCCAGCGACGACGGGGACAGGUCAUGGCUCAAAGAGAGGUUGAUUUUGAUGGAUAGCCCUUCAUACAGUUAUGUGUAUAAGAUGGAGUCGAGCAAUGUGGGGCUUGAUGGGUCUAUGAACACCCUUAGGCUUGUGGAUUAUGGCGAAGGAUCAACACUAGUGGAGUGGGAAUUUCAAAUUGAUCCCAUGGAGGGAGCAGAUGAAGAAACAGUUGUAGACUAUUUGGGCUUCGUUUAUAGGUCUUGUAUCAAUAGAAUUGAGAGGGCUAUCGAGCAAGCCACCAACAAAGAAUAG